GCGGAGUUCUUUUAUUGAAUUGCCAUUUAUAUUCUACAGACAUUACAUUUAUUUUACAAACAAAAUGUCUAGUUUCUUGGAUUUGUGCGAAAAGUUCUUUGAAUCGCGUGAUUUCUAUGAAAUUUUAAAAAUUGAUAAAAAUGCGUCCGAAAAAGAAGUAAAAAAAGCAUACCAUAAAUUAUCGUUAUUAGUUCAUCCAGACCGUGUUGAAGAAUCUAAUAAAGCAGAAGCUACUGAAAAAUUCAAAGUACUAGGUCGUAUUCAUUCUGUUCUGGGCGAUAAAGAGAAACGUAAAAUUUACGAUGAAAGUGGUCAAUUCGAUGAUGAUGCUGAUGAAACGGCAAUGCGCGAUUGGACCGCAUACUGGCGAAUGUUGUUUAAAGAAAUUACAAUUGAAGAUAUUAAUAAUUACGAAAAAACUUAUAAAGGAUCUGAAAUAGAGUUAAAAGAUUUAAAGCGUGCAUAUGUUGAUAGUAAAGGGAAUAUGGACUAUAUACUAGAAACAGUUCCUUUUACGAAUUGUGAUGAUGAACCCCGUUUACACGAAUUAGUACGGAAAAUGAUUGACGAUGGUGAAGUACAAGAAUAUAAAAGUUUUACUCAAGAACCAGAAGCUAAAAAAUUGAAAAGACGUCGCAAAUGGGAGAAGGAAGCUGAGGAAGCUCGCCGAAUUGAAGAAGCUGCUAAAUUAGAAAAAGAAGAUGGAUUUACAGGUGAUGAUGAAAAAGAUUUGGCUAUAAUAAUAAGACAAAAUCAACAACAGCGUGCAAAGAAAAUGCACAAUUUUUUUGAUAUGUUAACUGAAAAAUACGCAAAACCAAAGGCACGAAAAUCAACUCCAUUAAAAAACAAACGCAAACGUACAGCAUCUCCAACAAAGGAUAGUAAAUCACCACCGCCAAGAAGGUUACGCACACGGAAGUAAUUUGUGAUAUAAAUUUUAGACAUAAAUUUCCCUAUCCUAUUAUUUUAACUAUAAUUAAAUUCAAGUUUAAUGAAAUACCUAGUUUAAAACUAUCUUAAGCCUUUUUCCUGUAUUUGUAAUUUUCUAG